UGAAAUCCACUUUACACAGAUAAGAACUUCAGGCCAUUUUUAAACGCUAAAAAGUUGUGGCAUGCUGACAUGAAUAUUUAUUCACGGAGGACUUGGAGGCAAGAUUAGAUCAGAGGCGGUCGCAAAAAAACCAGAGAAGCAAACUGCAGUGGCUACCUACCAAAGCCAAGCAGCCAUCCUAAUCAGAAAAAUCCCGAAGUUCUCUCUUCUGUUCACUCUUUUCAAGCACUAAGAUGUUGAGAGAAACUUACAAGCUGAUAGCCCCACUCUGGAGAGGGCAUCAGCCGUAGCCAUUAAGGUGAAGAGGAAAUGAGAGCAUGCCUUGUCGGCCAUUAAAGCUUCGACGGAGAGCUUUCGCCCGCCUCUUCGAAUCUACCUAAAAGAACCUUGACGAGUCACGACAGCAACCAUAACUGUAGCACAAAGUUUCGGCUUUGCAAUCUUUUUCAAUAAAAUAUUUUAGAGAAAAUCAUUUUUUCGGAUUCGUUGCACUUUGAGUUUCCUGGUUGAAAAGCCGCAAAAAGGAGGGUAGAUUUUUCUGAUUCUUUUUGUAACUGUUUUUUUCCUCCUCUCUCUCUUCUUUUUGGAACAAAAUCUUGGCCCGUGGAUCGAGGAUCCCACCAAUUGUGAGGAAAAGGCGAACUGGGUUUACUUGUUUUCACCCUUCGAUUCAUGAAUUACACGGUUUUCAUUUUGUCAUGGCAAGCAGUACUCUGUUUGCAGUGGUGGUCUCGCUGCUUUCAUCAUGUCUUUCUUGACGAGUGAUCGCGGGCUUUGCAAGGUGCGUUUUAACUUUCAGAGCGCCGCUAAAAUGUCGGGGAAUAUCAAUUGGAGGAGCAUUGUGGGAUGGAGGUUUAUCGGGUUCUUGCUUGUUGCUACCGUACCCUUUUGUAUUUCAGAGGGGUUGAAUUCGGAUGGGCUUUACCUCCUGGAGCUGAGAAAUGGUCUUCGCGAUCAGUUUAACCGUUUGGGAAAUUGGAACUCCACUGAUCGAACACCAUGUGGAUGGCAUGGUGUGAAAUGCACCUCUGAUAAUGAUCCCGUAGUCCAUUCGCUUCGCUUGAAUUCAUUGAAUCUUUCUGGAACCCUGAGCUCUAGCAUUGGUGGUUUGGUCCAUCUUACUGAGCUUGAUCUCUCUGAUAAUGGGCUCACUGGAGACAUACCUAGGGAGAUUGGAAACUGUUCCAAGUUGGAGUAUCUUUAUUUGAAUAAUAAUCAAUUUGAUGGGCAACUUCCUGCUGAGUUGGGGAAUCUGUCUUGGUUAAGAAGAUUGAAUGUAUGCAACAAUAGAAUAUCUGGCCCUAUUCCGGAGGAGUUAGGAAACUUGUCUUUAUUGGUUGAUUUUGUGGUAUAUACCAACAAUCUCACAGGCCCAUUACCUCGUUCUAUUGGGAAUCUCAAGCAGCUAACUUCAUUUAGAGCUGGGCAAAAUGCUAUUUCUGGUAACAUACCAGCCGAAAUAGGUGGAUGUGAGAGCUUGGAACUACUUGGUCUUACCCAAAAUAAUAUAGGAGGGAAAAUACCAAAGGAAAUUGGGAUGCUGGGCAAGUUGAAAGAUCUGAUUCUACAUUCAAACCAGCUUUCGGGGUUUAUCCCAGAGGAACUUGGGAACUGUACAAGCCUUGUAACCCUUGCUUUGAAUGAUAAUGAUCUCGGGGGAUCUAUACCUAAGGAGAUUGGGAACUUCAAAUCGUUGAGGAUGUUGUACCUCUAUAGGAAUAAGCUGAAUGGAACGAUUCCGAGGGAGAUCGGGAAUCUUUCUCUGGCCCGUGAAAUUGAUUUCUCGGAGAACUAUUUGACAGGUGAGAUCCCCUCUGAGUUCAUUAAGAUCACAAACUUAAGCUUACUAUACCUUUUCCAGAACCAGCUUACAGGUGUUAUACCAAAAGAGCUCAUUAGCUUGAGGAACCUGACAAAAGUUGACCUCUCAAUUAAUCAGCUAACAGGUCCUGUUCCAUUUGGGUUUCAGUAUUUGACUAAAAUGAUCAUGUUACAGCUUUUCAACAACUUUCUGAGUGGCAGCAUUCCUCGGGGGCUUGGUCUCCACAGCAGACUUUGGGUGCUUGAUUUAUCGAACAACCAACUAACAGGAAGAAUGCCACCUCAUCUUUGCCAACAUUCUAACCUGAUUUUGUUGAAUCUGGAGUCUAAUAAGCUGCAUGGAAAUAUCCCAGCUGGGGUCAUCAACUGCCAAUCAUUGGUGCAACUUCGUCUGGUUGGAAACGGGCUUACUGGAAGCUUCCCGUCAGACUUGUGCAAAUUAGUGAACCUUUCUGCUGUUGAAUUAGAUCAAAACAGGUUCAGUGGUCCAAUUCCUCCAGUUAUUGGGAACUGCCACAAGUUGCAGAGGCUUCAUAUUGCAGGAAAUUACUUUACAUCAGAGUUGCCUAAGGAAAUAGGAAAUCUAUCUCAAUUGGUGACUUUUAAUGUUUCUUCGAACUUGCUUACGGGAAGGAUUCCACCAGAAAUUGUUAAUUGCAAGAUGCUUCAGCGGCUUGAUCUCAGCCAAAAUAGGUUUAUAGAUGCGUUACCAAAUGAGCUCGGAAUCCUUUUGCAGCUGGAGCUUCUCAGACUAUCAGAAAAUAAUUUCUCUGGAGAUAUACCUUCAGCAUUGGGAAACCUCUCCCACUUGACAGAGUUGCAGAUGGGUGGCAAUUCAUUUUCUGGUGAAAUACCUCGUGAGUUGGGUUCUCUUUCAAGCUUGCAGAUUGCAUUGAAUCUGAGCAAUAAUAAUCUCACUGGGAGAAUACCAGAAGAGCUUGGCAAUCUUAAAAUACUGGAAUACCUCUACCUCAAUAAUAAUCAAUUGACUGGUGAAAUUCCCAGCACAUUUGAAAAUCUGUCGAGUUUAUUGGGCUGCAAUUUCUCAUACAAUGACCUUACUGGACCUUUACCUUCUGUAUCACUGUUUCAGAACAUGGCCAUCAACAGCUUCAUUGGGAACAAAGGGCUUUGUGGUGGCCUUCUUCGAGGUUGCAGUGGAAAAUCAUCUCCAUCUGUUCCAUCUUUGGAAAGAGUUGGUGCUCCUCAGGGUAAAAUCAUUACAGCAAUUUCAGCUGCCGUGGGUGGGGUUUCUCUCAUUCUAAUUGUGAUUCUUCUGUAUUUCAUGAGACGUCCAGCUGAGACAGUUCCUUCCUUGCAAGAUAAGGACAUUUCAUCGCCAGAUUCAGACAUCUAUUUUCCACCAAAAGAUGGGUUCACUUUUGAAGAUCUGGUUGAGGCCACAAACAAUUUUCAUGACAGAUAUGUUGUUGGAAGGGGAGCUUGUGGAACAGUUUAUAAAGCAGUCAUGCAUUCUGGAAAGAUCAUUGCCGUUAAGAAGCUAGCAUCUAACAGGGAGGGGAACAACAUUGAGAACAGUUUUCGGGCUGAGAUUUCAACUCUUGGAAAGAUUAGGCAUCGUAACAUUGUGAAGCUAUAUGGUUACUACUAUCAUCACGGUUCCAAUCUGCUUCUGUAUGAGUACAUGGCUAAGGGUAGCUUGGGUGAAAUGCUUCAUGGGGCCUCUUGUAGUCUGGAAUGGCCGACUCGGUUCACAAUAGCUCUUGGGGCUGCUGAAGGUCUUUCUUAUUUACAUCAUGAUUGCAAACCAAAGAUUAUUCACCGCGAUAUAAAGUCCAAUAAUAUUCUACUAGAUGACGGCUUUGAGGCCCAUGUUGGUGACUUUGGUUUGGCAAAAGUAAUCGACAUGCCUCAAUCUAAAUCAAUGUCAGCGGUCGCUGGAUCAUAUGGGUACAUUGCUCCAGAAUAUGCAUACACUAUGAAGGUUACAGAAAAAUGUGACAUUUAUAGCUAUGGAGUGGUUUUAUUAGAGUUGCUAACUGGAAAAACUCCUGUACAACCACUAGAUCAAGGGGGUGAUCUUGUCACAUGGGUGAGAAAGUAUGUUCGAGACCAUUCAUUGGCAUCUGUGAUACUUGACCCGAGACUGAAUCUUGAAGACAAAAGUACGGUUGAACACAUGCUUACCGUCUUAAAAAUUGCUUUGAUGUGCACAAGUAUGUCGCAUUUGGACAGACCAUCAAUGCGACAAGUCGUCUUGAUGCUCAUCGAGUCUAAUGAGUGAGAAGGGAACUUUACUUUCUCCAAUUUAUGGUCUGCUUAAAGUUGAUGCCUUCUGUAAGUAUGUGGCCGUUUCAAAUAUCUAUUAACUGAGGUGAUUUCUUGGGACUGGUUCUUCCUAGUAUUUUUCACAACGGAAAAAAUGAGAGUCUGUUGUACAUGUUUUCUUUAAAAGAAUAUCAUCAUUGGGCUUCUGCUUAUAAUUCUCUGAAAUACCGUAUUUUCUUUUGCAAUUACUGCGGUAUGAUCACUCUGGUGUACUGCUGUGGUUCUUUUCCGUAUGUAUCUUAAAGGUCCUCAAGUUAAUGGAAUUGGUUGAAGGAUGAUAUUUAUCUUCGUGUA